AUGGCAGAAGGCUUCCUCGAACAUUCUAUGGUUGGAAAAGCAGUAGAGGAGGUUGGUGAUGACUACUUCAAUGAAUUGUUGUCAAGAUCCUUAAUUGAACGAUCAAAUGAUGAUAUUGUUAAAGAAAAGUUUGUUAUGCAUGAUGUUGUCUAUGAUCUAGCAACAAUUGCAUCUGGGAAAAGUUGUUGCAGGUUUGGAUCUGGUGGUAGAAUCUCUGAAGAUGUUCACCAUGUUACAUACAACCAAGAGGAGUAUGACAUUUUCAAUAAGUUUGAGACAUUCUUCGAUUUCAAAUGCUUGCGAAGUUUCCUACCCAUUGGUUCUAGGUUGCAAGAAUCUUACUUAUCAUGUAAAGUGAUUGAUGAUUUGAUACCUUCAAUUAAAAGGUUGCGUAUGUUAUCCUUAUCAAAUUAUAACAUCACGGUGCUACCAAAUUCAAUUAAUAAGUUGGUGCAACUGCGGUAUCUGAAUCUCUCCCACACUGACAUCAAAUGCUUGCCAGAUACAACAUGUGACCUUUACUAUUUGCAAACUUUACUUUUAUCAGGGUGCUGGAAACUCAUUGAAUUGCCGAUACAUGUUGGAAAGUUGAUAAAUUUGCGUCACCUAGAUAUUAGCUAUACAAAGAUAAAGAAGAUGCCAAUGCAAAUUGUCAGACUAGAAAACCUUCAAACACUAACUGUUUUUCUAGUGGGCAAGCAAAAAGUUGGGUUAAGUAUCAGAGAGCUUGGGAAGUUUCCUAACCUACGGGGAAAACUUUGCAUCAAGAACCUACAGAAUGCCAUUGAUGUGAGUGAGGCGUGUGAUGCCAACUUAAAGCACAAAGUACACCUUGAGGAAUUAGAAGUAUACUGGGAUCAACAAACUGAAGAAUCGCCAACAAAUGAAGUUAUUCUUAAUGAGUUACAACCAUCAAUAAACUUGAAGAAAUUGAGCAUUAAAUUCUAUGGUGGGAUAAGCUUUCCAAGUUGGUUGGGGGAUUGUUCGUUUUCUAACAUGGUGUACCUUUCCAUCAAAUCUUGUGAGUAUUGCAUAACACUUCCUCCACUAGGACAAGUACCUUUUCUCAAAGAGUUGAAGAUCGAUGGUAUGAGUAGAGUGGAAACAAUUGGCCCAGAGUUCUAUGGCAUGACAGGGGGAAGUACUAAUUCCCCGUUCCAACCAUUUCCAUCUCUUGAGAAGCUAGAAUUUAAUAGUAUGCCUAGUUGGAGGGAAUGGAUUUCCUUCAGAGGCAGCAAGUUUCCUUUUCCUCGUCUUAAAACUCUGAUGCUUAGGGACUGUACUGAACUGAGGGGACAUUUGCCUAGUCAUCUUCCUUCCAUAGAGAAAAUUACAAUACUUUGGUGUAAUCAUUUUCCGGCUACACUAUCUACUCUGCAUUGGCUUUCCUCAGUUAAAUCUUUAGAUUUGAUGUGUCAAGGUUCCCCUGAAUUGUCGUUGCUUGGAAAUGAUUCUCCAUGUCAUCUGCAGGUUUCAACAAUAUUUGGCUUUAACAAACUACUAUCUCUUCCUAACAUGUUUAUGAGCUCCACUUGUCUUCAACACUUGGAUCUCAUUUAUAUUUCCUCUCUCACUGCAUUUCCAGCAAAUGGUCUUCCCACUUCGUUGCAGUCACUUCGUAUAGAUGAGUGUCAGAAUUUAGCAUUCUUGCGUCCUGAAACAUGGAGCAAUUACACAUCACUUGUGACUUUAGAGUUAAAAAAUUGUUGUGAUUCACUUACCUCCUUUCAACUGAAUGGUUUUCCUGUGCUCCAAAUUCUUUCCAUUGAAGGCUGUAGCAGUCUUAAGUCCAUUUUUAUUUCAGAAAAAAAUAGCUCCCUCUCCCUGUCUACUCUCCAAUCACUCAAGGUCAGUAACUGUAAAUCCCUUAGAUCACUGCCACAACGGAUGGACACUCUCUUUGUUCUUAAAAGCUUGACUCUAGACAAGUUAUCGUUAUGUUGCGAAGUAGCUUGUCUCCCUCCCAAGUUACAAUUUAUGCAUAUUGAAUCCCUGGGGUUAGCUACACCUGUGACUGAAUGGGGUUUCCAAAGCCUUUGUUUCUUGUCUGAUUUACAUAUUGGAGGUGAUAAUAUUGUUAACACCUUGCUGAAAAAGAAAUUGCUGCCCCCUUUACUUGUGUCUUUGACAAUAACUAAUCUCACUGAAAUGAUGCGGUUAAAAGGAAAUAGGCUUCAACACAUCUCCACUCUGAAAAAUCUCUCAUUUAAAUGUUGUUCAACGCUUGAGACAUGUAAAGACUUUUUUCCUUCUUUUCUGAAAUCACUUGUCUUUAUAAAUUGUCCAAAACUUAUGUCGUUGCCGGAUAUGUUUCCUUCCUCUUUGGAAACACUGGAAUUUGAUGAUUGUCCAAGACUUGGGUUACUGCCAAGGUCUGGGUUUCCUUCCUCUCUUAAGUUACUGAGCAUUAGCCACUGUCCGCUGUUAAAAUCAAGGUGGGAAAAUAUCGUUGAUCCUAAAAGUACUAUCGAGUUACAUUAUCAGAUCUGUGUAGAUUAUUCAACAAAUGUAGACAGUGUUUUAUUACGCAUAAUCAGACCUACAAGGCAUCCUGAUGUUUCAGCAUCAUUUGCUUUAAGUAUGUAUAGUUCUGAAGAAAAAUUAUCCUUCAACAGAUUUUUGUCAGACAUUGAUCAAAAAAUGUUCCAAUCUUGCAGUGUGAAGCCAGGUUGGGGAAUCCAGAUUAAUAGUAAGGUGGCUGAGGCUCCAUAUUAUCAAGUCAACCCUGCUUGGUCACUGUCGUUUGAGCUUGUGUCAAUGGACUUCUCAGAGAUGUAG